UUAUCUACGAGCUUGCGCGUCAACUUACUACUUCAAAAAGGCGCCAAACUGACUUUACAGACUCGUAAAACGCACCUGCGCCAUAUCAAACGGGCGCCAUUUACAGCUUUGUUGUGACUGGCUUUGGCUGGCCGAGCGGCUUAGCUGUAAUUUGCCGGCUGGCCGAGUUGCUGGCGCGAGCAGCGGCAGCGAUUGUCGCCUUGUCCGUAGCUUCGCAUUAGCUCGUUGCUCACGCGUCGUUUACUAUUAUUGAUCAGUUGUAGUUCGUAGUUGUCUUGAAACUUUAGAACCGUAGGCCUAGAGCGCCGCUAGAUGAGUGUUAGGUGUAAUUUUGGCGUAAAGUACGCGGAAAGCAAAUGAGAGGGGGCGCGAUCGUUAUUACUUUUUUUUUUUUUUUCGCUCGUGAGCAGUGGUUGCUGCCUGACAUGGGCGUGAUACUGUUUGCACCACUUUCAUACAUUUAGCUUUAAUUUCUGUUAAGCCCAAACGACGAAAGUGGUAACAGUACCGGGUCAGCGUGAUCUGCCAGUGCCAUCGGGACUGCCGCGGUGCUUGAAAGGCAACGGUGACUACUUCAAAUGGGUGAAUGAAGACAACGCCGCUGGCGACGUUUCACUCGUCCGCGAAGACAGCUUUGAUCUCGCUGUUCACUGAGACUGACAAUUACGUCGAAAGACUUCGGUCACCUUUAGGUGGGUUCCAGUGCGGAAAUGAUGAUGUGGCGACGUUAGAUCAGCCGCUUGUAGUGAACAGUUUGAACGAAGUUGCGCAGUUGGUAGACGCGACGUCGCUCGAUAACCAAGACAGCUGCAGAUACAUCUGGUUUGUCGCCUUUCGCCGAGGUGUUCUCACAGUAGGAUAUGACUGUCACAAUUAUUUGUGGACAUAAGCUUGUUUCCGUGUGCGACCGGCUCGCCUUCCAAGCAGGCGCCCGUUUCGGUAGUUUACCGGCAACGGUAUAUGAAGGCUGAAGGACUGAACGUGCAGUGGCAGCGCACUUUUUGAUUCUUUCAGCCGUUUGCUCCAUUGCUGACCCCGAAAGAAAAGCAAGUCCAGAGCGACAGGAGAACGUGCCGUUCACGGUUUGCCCAUCAGUUUCAUCCAGGACGAGUUUCCAUGGUGCAUUAUAAACUGUCAGCUGAGUUAGACAAGCGUGUGAUCCUGAUCUACACUAAUGUUUUUGAAAGGUAGCAGCAGAAGGAGUGGGCUGUAGAGAAUCAUCACUGACAUUAAUGUGUAUUCCUUUGCCAGCACAAGACGUACGCCUACUGCCGUGUAUCGAGAACUGUGACAGAUUAGCAAGAAUCGUUUGUUGCUGAUCUCAAGCAACAUGCUGGCAGAGCUACUAGAACCUCCUUUACAUAAGUCAAAGGUUCGACUUUGCACCAAUAAAGUGUGUUGUUUCCACAGGCAGUUGGAGUAUGCGCCACGCUUGUAAAUGAGAAGAUGGCAAAAGUGCCAAGAUGCGUCUCCCGAAAGCUGCUGCCCGAUUGGCUGGUGGACAAGGUGCCACACACAAGCGCAGCUGCCCAUGCUGUCUACCCUGAAGUGACUGCGGAAGGUGGCUUUAUACGUCGUUGGUGGCUCCCUGAAGGGAAAGCAAAUUUUCAAGAGGAUUGGCAACACGAUCAGAAAAGUCGAGUGAGCUGUAUCAACAAGAAGGCCACAAUGACUCUUGUGGUGGGAGGAAAUCAGCCUAAGAAGAUGUGGCAAGACAUUGCUGAGGAAGCUUUCAACACCAAGGAACUGAGAAAGCAGCGGACAAACGGCAGUGGUGCGCUCAAGGAAACAUUUAACAUCAACUCGCCACCCUCGUAUAGGACUAAGAUUAAACACUGGAGAAAUUAAACAUUCAGCAUCAACAUCAUCGCUAAUUAUCGUCAGUCAAUGCAAACACCAUAGAAAGCUUUGCUUACAUCGAUUACUACGGUGUGUAGAAUCUGCAUAUUUUUUCUACUUGCAGUUUUUUUUUUCUGAAUUUGUAUGCUUGUUCCGUACUGCAAGUUGUAGCCCUAGUAAAGUGUUAGCGCUUUUUCGUCCCGUGCAUAAUCAUAACUGUGAUAAAUGGCAGGACUGUGAUCGCUAGGCUUAUGUUUUCUUGAUAUGUGUGCAAUAUACAUCCAGCUUUCACGGUAAAUAUGUAGGCUGGUUGCUUUACAAACCAUUUUGGCCUGUCUGAUUGUGUGGCAGCCCCUGAUGCAAGCUGUCGAUUUCAUCUUUUGAUUGUCAAUACUGUGUAUAUAACGUGCAUUUAGACAACUGACAUGCUCCAGCAGUUGUUGCUGUUUUCACAUUGAUGUGGUGCAGGUGGCUCGUGCCACGCAUUGGUCAAUAGUUGGCUUUCCUCUUGAAACUGCUGUUCAUGUAUUCAUUCCUCUAUGCACUGUUGCAGUAAAAAUUGAUAUUUUCAAGUGCUCUUGGUUACUGUUUUGCCACAAAGCUUCUGCGUUCAAGACUUUGCACAGGCUGUAUGCUACAAAAGGAAUUACAUGCCUGCUCACCUGAAAAAUGGAAGCAUGAAUUAGAUUGAAGUCGGCAAACAAUAGUACGAAAGAAAGAAGUGAGAUUGCAAAUUGUGUUGUCUCAUUGCUUGUGAUUUAUAAAAAAACACGACAAAACAAGGCUCAGCAUUGUGACCCAUGAGCUUAUUUUUGUGACAUGUUGUCUUUUUAAGUUUACAAGCAUUCUGUUAAUGUUUACAUUUUUAAUGGCAUGCUACAAACUAUGUAAAGGUGUGCAAUUGAACUUCAUUGUGUUUUUCAGGCAAGCACUGAGAAAAAGAAUGCACAAUCCAGGAAAAUGUAGCGCCUAAUAUGCCAAAAAUAGUUGAAAACUCGCUAAAUAAAGCUCGUUAUCAGUGUC